ACCGCGAAAGUUCAUGAAAACUCUCUUUUGCAUGUCGAUUUUUGUUUUUGUAUGUUUUUUUGUUCCCCCUAUUUUUCUGUUAGGGUUUUGGUCGUGUUGAGCACUUGGCAGAUGGAUUUUAUGUCCCGCCAAAAAGUAGAAAUGUUUGAGACAAAGACUGGUUUGCUAAUUGCCAUUCCCUGUAGUUCACACUUCACAGAAUGACCUCGACGCCUUUCUUCAACGCCCUUCGAGCCUCCUCUUCAAUCUCGUGGAAACAGACUGGUAAGCUUCAGCAAACACUGGCAUCGGUAAUCGAGAAGUCAGGAACAGCGCUCCAUUCCGGCGCGUUUUCGACGGCAAAGCUGUUCCCAGCGAAGGCUGGGGAAGGGAGGUUCUUCAUUUGUGGUGAUCGUCGGUCAAGAAUCCCUGCUUCAAUCGAUUUCGUUACAGAUACUACCCUCUGCACGACGUUGUGCAAAGACGGAAUUAGGAUUCGAACGGUUGAGCACUUGCUUUCGGCUUUGGAGGGCAUUGGGGUGGAUAAUUGUCGGAUUGAGAUUGAUGGGUCGGAUGAGGUUCCUUUAUUGGAUGGAUCAGCACAAGAAUGGGUUGAAGCAAUAAAGAAAGUCGGUUUGUGCAUGGCAAAAGAUUCCAAUGGCAACAACAUGGGAAAAAUGGCACCUUUUCUUCAUGAACCUGUGCAUGUGUGGAAUAAUGAUUCUUUCAUAGCUGCAUUCCCUUCUUCAAAAGUUCACAUCACUUACGGGAUAGCUUUUCCACAGGUGCCUGCUAUUGGCUACCAGUGGUUCUCUUCUUUUCCCCUGGAUGACUCUUUCUAUGCGAAACAAAUAGCAUCUUCACGAACCUUCUGCAUUUAUGAGGAGGUGGAGAGAUUACGCAAAGCUGGAUUGAUUCAAGGGGGUUCGGCAGACAAUGCCCUUGUUUGUAGUGCCAGCAAAGGUUGGUUGAAUCCACCAUUGCGUUUCCAAGAUGAACCUUGUCGCCAUAAGGUUUUAGAUCUCGUGGGGGACUUUUCUCUUCUUGCACAGAACGGUAAUCAAGGGCUUCCAGUUGCACAUAUUGUUGCUUACAAGGGUGGUCAUUCGUUGCAUGCUUCAUUUGUACGAGGUUUGUCAGGUUUCUGUUGAGUAUGAAUGGCCAUCUGGGUAUUGUUUUAACAGUGCAGGUUGAGGCUCCUGCGUGUGUGCUGAUUUUGACGCCACAGACCAUUACCGUAAACCCGAAGACCUGCUACAGCCAGAGAAGCUGGACAUGGAUUGUACAUCUUAAAAUGUGAUACUGUCAAACAGCUGUAGAGUUGGUUAGCAUGGCAUUUGGAUCCAGAACUCUAAUUACAUCGACAUCUCAUGAUCUAUUUUAUACUUUCUCUAGAAAAGUGGUUCAUCGCUCUUUUAUUCCUCUUUAACUAAAUUUGCCAAUGUGUAUCGCGCGGAGUGCAACCUUGGCCAAAAAAAUAGGAGUUUCACUAAAUCUCUCACCAAAAUAUUGUCUGCUUUCUUUUUUGUAGAAAUAAAAGCUGCCUUUUGUCACA